UAUAAUGUCUUUCUUUGCAUAGACCGACUUUGAAACAAAAAACCUUCGGUUGUUAUUCACGCGGUUUUCAGUGAAUGGUCCGGACAGUUUACUUUUUCCUCAUAGCGUGAAAUUUUUCGGUGGUGUUCUAAUCUUCCGACUUCAAAAUUCCGCGGGUAACUCUGGCAAAAUAGAUAUUCAACUUUCGUGUUAAUGAGUGUUCAGUGAUGUUUGGCCGAAUACGUCCUUGAGGCUCAAGUCUAAUCACAAUACGGCUCGAGGAGAGAUCCCCUAAAUUUGUGUGCCAAGCCAUCAAUUGAAAGAGAGACCAAACAUUAGCUGGCACAGCGGGCGGUCUUUGGUUCAGUAAAAACCCCAGGCUUCUGCUUUAACUUCAUUGAUUUAAAAUUUUGACGUGUUACAUGAAGGGCCAGUUUGCAUUGGACAUGGAGACCAUCAACACUAAAGAGAAGCGUCGAAUAUCUAUGUGUGUCGGCUGCGGAUCUCAGAUUCAAGACCAGUACAUUCUCCGCGUAGCACCCGACUUGGAGUGGCACGCAGGCUGUCUCAAAUGCGCGGACUGCCACACGUAUCUGGACGAGACAUGUACUUGUUUUGUGCGCGACGGAAAGACGUACUGCAAACGUGAUUAUGUUAGGUUGUUUGGCACAAAGUGCGCCAAGUGCUCCCGGUCGGUGACCAAAAAUGAUUUCGUGAUGAGGGCCAAGAAUCAAAUCUAUCACAUAGACUGUUUUCGCUGCAUCGCCUGCAGUAGACAGCUAGUACCAGGAGACGAAUUUGCUCUGCGGGAGGAUGGGUUAUUUUGUAAAGAAGACAACGAAAUUGUGGAGAAAGCUACGGCAACAGCUCAAGCGGCUCAUGCUCGCGGAGGACAAAGAUCUUCGUCUCAAUCAUCAGCGCACUCAAACGGCCAACCGGAUGGCUCACCGACGCGACGUGGGAAAUCAGAAAAAACGACGAGGGUUCGCACCGUGUUGAACGAAAAGCAGUUGCACACUUUACGGACGUGCUACGCGGCGAAUCCGCGACCCGAUGCGAUGAUGAAGGAACAGUUAGUGGAGAUGACAGGGCUGAGUCCUCGAGUGAUACGAGUGUGGUUUCAGAAUAAACGCUGUAAGGACAAGAAGAAAUCUAUGAUGCUUAACAAAACUUCCUCGCAUCACCAACAUCAGGGACCAGGUUCAGACGACGGGCAGAGUCCGACGGGUAGCUCUCCGAAUGCAAUUUCCCGCUCCCUACCGCCAUCAGCUAUUUCGGGUGUUCAGACGUAUUCUACGAAUUUAACUCCACCUUCGCUAAGACCGCCAGCUGACGUCUCACUGAGCGAUCUACCCGGAUAUCAGCCUUGGAAGGCUCUCAAUGAAUUCGCUUUACACAACGAUAUGGAUCAAGGUCCGUUUCAACAACUGGUGCAGUUUUCGGAGCAGGCGCCCCAUUUGGUAUCGCGAACGCAUGAAGGAAUAGGGGCAAAUUGAAAUCCUCGACUCCUCGACCAAAGACUUUCUAUCCUAAGGAACUUAUGAGGAGUGGACGUCCAACGAAUGGCACACGCUCAUCUUCCGAAAAUCUUAAUUUAUUUCUUCUAUCGCAAGCCGCAACGAACAUUCUAUUUAGCGUAAGUUCAGCAUGAAUUAUGGCAAGGGGCAUAACAUUAUGCUCUUGUGUCGACAGUGUAUAUAUCCUAUAGGAUCCGUUUCACGGGAUGAGAGAGAGACGUUCUCAAUAAAGAUAAAAGUACAUCAGGA